AUGACGACUCUUGACUAUUCUGAUGUUCCCCUCGGGCCAAAUGAAAUCCGUCUGGUCUCACUAGAAAUCUCGGCCGAAGACGUCGCUCAGGCCAAAUGGAAAAUCCGGGUUGCAAACUUGGCUGAUGAGUCGACCAGCUACUACGCCGUGUCGUAUAGAUGGGGAGCACCUCUCCUCGAGGGCCGCUUCAAGACUAUGACCAACGAGCCCGUCUCGCCGGUCCAGUUCAACAACAGCGUUGUGAAGGUUACCGAGAAUCUCUACGACUUCUUGGAUCAAGUAAAGUCUGAUGAACAGUUGAAAGAGAAAGAGUUCUGGAUUGAUGCUAUAUGUAUCAAUCAAAGCGAUCCCAAGGAGCGAAGCCACCAAGUCAGCACCAUGAUGGCCCGAAUUUACCGGUCAGCGACCUGCGUUAUUGCGUGGCUUGGAGACGCAGACUUGCACACGGAGCGAGCUUUCGACCACUUGAGUAAACUCGCUGAAUCCACGACCCUGCCACCACCAGUCGGAACGAAAAGGUCGUCGACCAAUCAGAGUGACUCAGUGGACUUUGACAGUUACCAGUCCUCCUGGAAAUCAACUGCCAAGCUUUUCGAGCGGACGUAUUGGAACAGAUCCUGGAUCAUCCAAGAGCUCGUGUUGCCAGAUAAAGUCACUGUGCGCUGCGGAAAGUAUUCAGCAGACUGGAGCGUUCUUUCCAAAGCAUCCCACAACAUCUCUACGAGUACUUGGAGAGAAUUCUUCUUCAAUGAAGCUACGGGGAUAGGAUCACUUGGGUCAGAUGCGAAGACGGCUCGCAUACCGCAACGUAAUUAUGGUAUUCCCACCAUUCUCAAGGCAACGAAGGCAUCGAUGGCAACAGAACACUGGACAAAUGUUCUCUUGUACACGCUUAUUAGGUCCCGGGAUUUCGAGGCAACCAAUUGGGAGGAUAAAGUGUAUGCUCUUAUGGGACUCAUCGAAGAUUCUGUCGACAUUGGGAAAACGCCGCUUUUGCGUCCUGAAUUUGGAGAGGAUUCCAGCGCGGCACAGACGUAUCUCAAAACCGCGAUUCAACUUCUCCGCGAUUGCGAGGAACUUCUUAUACUCUCCUGCGUUGAGGGCAGAUCCUUCCAAAAGGUCAAGAUCAAUGGCGAUACUCUCCCAUCCUGGGUGCCCGACUGGAGUGAGCAUGCACGCCUCGGUCUUGGAGUUACUGGGUACAAGAGAUAUUCUGCAGACGCGUGCUUCGUCCCGCCUGGUACUCAUCUCCUUCGGGAGGAGAAAUUAGCUAGAUGGCCUGCAGUUGUCAACGAAGAAAGCCUCACCGUUUCCAUUGGUGGCCUCAAAGUCGACGAAAUUUCAUUUCGCGCAGAGCCAAAGCGCGAUAUCCAAAAGGGGGAGCCGUUUCCACGACUUUUGAGCAUGCUGCUGUCCCUCCCAACCCGGUAUCAGACGACGGAAGAAGACCUAUGGGAGGCGUUUUGGCGAACUCUCAUCGUCAAUACUGGAUCAGAGAACCUGCAAGAGGGAGAUACCGUCUGGGUAGUGCCGAGGUCUCGGUGGGUGGUGCGUAUGUUCAUGGAUUCAUGGACGGUCGAGCGCUUUUAG